UCUUCUUUAAACGUGAACGGUUCGAAUUUAUUUUCUCGGUUGGUUUUUUAAUUAUACCAGAUAUUUCUUUAAUUUUGUUUCCAUUAAAUUUUCUUUUUUUGCAUAAAUUUUAAUUGUUUUGUUUGUAAUUGCAACUUUUUGAAACUUAAUUUUUUUUCUAUAAAAAUAAAGGAGGCAUUAAUUGUGUAAAAUUUUUGAAAAAAAAAAAGAAAUCAUAGUUAUAUAAAAAUUAAAAAGAGAUUUAAAUGCAAUUUUAAUAAUUGAAAAAAAAAAAUAUUAAAUAAUGAACAGAGUGUAAUAAAAAUUGAAUUAUAAGUGAAAAAAAAUUUACAUUGAAUAAAAAAAUUUUAAAAAGAAGAAAAAAAAUAUUUUUGCUAAUAUUUUUUUUUAUUCCGCUAUUUGAUUGUGUGCUUUGAAAUAAAAAAAUUUUCAAUCAAAAAGCUAAUGAAAUCCGGAAAUAAAACAUUUUCAUUGAAAAUAAAUUAAUUUUCUUGAUCAUUCAAUUCAAGUGCAACCUUCGCUAAGGUAUUGAGAAUUUUUUUUUUUUGUGUAUAACUGGCAAAAGAAAAUAUACAUACAUAUUAUAUACUUAAAAUUAUAUAUACAUAAUAGAAAACAAUAAGUAUAAAAUUUAUACUAAAGAAAAAAAAAACUUUGAAAUUUUUCAAUAUUGGUGAAGAAUAAAUAUUUAAAUUCAAAAUUAAUGUGUAUGAAAAAAAUUUAGAAAAAAUUAUAAGAGUACAUACAUACAUACAAAAAUAAAAGAAAAUAAAAUGAAAAAACCUUUUUUGCUGAAAAUUUUAAUAAAAUUAAUGUGAUUUUUUUUUUCAUUUUAAAAAUAAAAAUAAAAUUUUGUGAUUGAUCUCCAUGAAGGAUUUUGUGAUUGCCAAAAAAAGUAUUAUAAAAAUAAAUGGAAUUUUCAAAAAAUAAAUUUUUUUAAAUUUACAUAAACGGUUUCAUUACCUUAAAAGAAACACAUUUUAAGUAUAUAAAAAUAUUUUAAUAAAAAAAUUUUAUUUUAAAUCAUCGGAAAUAGUCGCCGAACAUCUACAACCGUAGUUAAUAAAAAAUUUUUAAUAAUUGCAAAGUGAACAUUGAAAAAGUGUAUAUUAAUAAAAAAAACAACAAAACAAAAUCUAAAUUUCAGUAUUUUCAUAAAAACAACAAAAAAGAAAAAUGCAUUUAUGAAAAAUUAUUUUAUUUAAUCUUUAAAGAGGUGUAAUUUUUUUUUUUUUGCUUCCCUCUUUCAAUUUUUGCUAGUGAAAUUUGAUUUAAAAUUGAAAAAUAAAUAAAUUUAAAAAAAAAAUAUCAACUAUAAUUGUAAAUUUUAUUAAUAUACAUAACACAUACAUAUAAAUGUUUCAUCCAUACGUUAAAAUUAAGAAAAAAAAUGCACAACAUAGAUGUUGUUGCUGUCCAAGUACACCAACAAUACCACCAGCGAUACCAUCACCAUCGACUUCACAAUCGAAUUCAUGUAAUUCAAUUGGAAUACAACAACAUCAACAACAAUAUCAACCUCAACCACAACAAUCCCAACAUCAUUUUCAACAAUCUCAACAACAACAAUCAAAUCAAUCACAACCAGCUUAUGGUUUAAUUGAUCCUGGAACAUCAAAUUUAUAUAAUCGUUUGAAUAAUUUACAUAAUAUUAAUAUUACCACCAAUAGUAAUAAUAAUAACAAUAAUAAUAAUCUUGAUAACAAUAAUAAUAAUACUAGUUGUCAAAAUAAUAAAAGCAACAAUUCAAACAAUAAUAAUAAUAACAUUAAUAAUAACAAUAAUAAUAAUAGUAAUGGUGUUUUAUCAUUAAAUGGUCAACCAUCAUCAUUGAGUAGUCUAUUAAAUUCAACAAGUUCAAAUUCAAAUAAUACUAAUUCUAAUAAUAAUAAUAAUAGUUUAGUGAAUAUUUUAAAUAAUAAUAAUAAUAAUAAUAAUAAUUGUAAUCAAUUUUUAAAUAAUAUUAGUAAUAAUAAUAAUUUAAGUGUUCAAUCAAUAUUGAGUAAUCGAAAUUUAAGAAUUACAAAUACUAUUUGUAGUAAUAAUAAUAAAAGUAAUAACAAUUUAUCAUCAUCUUCAACAGCAUCGUCAUCGUCAAAUUCAUCAUCUUCUUUACUAUCAAGUUUAAAUAGUAAUAAUAAUAAUCAUAAUCAUAAUAAUAAUAGUAACAGUUCAAAUAAUGAUAAUAAUAUAAGCAACAAUAAUAAUAAUAAUAAUAAUGGAUUAAAUAUUUUAUUAAAUCAACAACAAGGUUGCAGUUCCAAUAAUAAUAGUAAUACUAUUAAUAACAAUAAUAAUAAUAAUAAUCAAAUUCAUAAUAAUAAUCAUAGUUGCUGUAAUAAUCAUUUAAUUAAUAAUAAUAACGGUAAUAAUAAUAAUGGUAAUAAUAGUAAUUCGUCUAUGUGCCUCGUGUUAUUAGUUAAAUGUCCAAAUUCAAAGGAAUUGUGUACUGCAAAUUUCUGUGAUAAAAGAUUGCCGGUAGUUAACGAAUGUCCGGCAGGUCAAACUGCUAGAGUUACAUCCAACCUGCAUUCAUCAACAAGUACAAUGGCGGUUAGCCGUGUACCAUCACCGCCAUUAACAGAAGUCAAUACACCAGUUGCAGAGAAUUGGUGUUAUACACAGGUUAAAGUUGUUAAAUUCAGUUACAUGUGGACUAUAAACAAUUUUAGCUUUUGUCGAGAAGAAAUGGGUGAAGUUUUAAAAUCAUCAACUUUUUCAGCAGGUGCUAACGAUAAAUUAAAAUGGUGUUUGCGAGUUAAUCCCAAGGGCCUCGAUGAAGAAAGCAAAGAUUAUUUAUCAUUAUAUCUACUAUUAGUAUCGUGUAACAAAUCAGAAGUAAGGGCAAAAUUCAAAUUUUCAAUUUUAAAUGCUAAACGUGAGGAAACCAAAGCAAUGGAAUCACAAAGGGCAUAUCGUUUUGUUCAAGGUAAAGAUUGGGGUUUCAAAAAAUUUAUUCGACGUGAUUUUCUAUUAGAUGAAGCAAAUGGUUUAUUACCUGAAGAUAAAUUAACAAUAUUUUGUGAAGUUAGUGUUGUAGCAGAUAGUGUUAAUAUCUCUGGUCAGAGUAAUAUUGUACAAUUUAAAGUUCCCGAAUGUAAAUUAUCAGAUGAUUUGGGUAAUUUAUUUGAUAAUGAAAAAUUUAGUGAUGUUACAUUAGCUGUUGGAGGAAGAGAAUUUCAAGCACAUAAAGCUAUAUUAGCAGCAAGAAGCCCUGUAUUUGCUGCUAUGUUUGAACAUGAAAUGGAAGAAAGAAAAUUAAAUCGGGUAGCAAUAACUGAUGUUGAUCAUGAAGUUUUAAAAGAAAUGUUACGUUUUAUAUAUACGGGGAAAGCUCCAAAUUUAGAAAAAAUGGCUGAUGAUCUCUUGGCUGCUGCUGAUAAGUAUGCUUUGGAAAAACUCAAAGUUAUGUGUGAAGAAGCGCUCUGUGUUAAUCUUUCUGUUGAAACGGCAGCUGAAACUUUAAUUUUAGCUGAUCUCCAUAGUGCAGAUCAAUUAAAAGCACAAACAAUAGAUUUUAUUAAUACUCAUCCAACAGAUGUUGUAGAAACAGUUGGAUGGAAAAAUAUGAUCGCAUCACAUCCCCAUUUGAUAGCUGAGGCAUUUCGAGCGCUAGCAACACAACAAAUCCCACCAAUUGGACCACCAAGAAAACGUGUAAAAAUGAGCUGAAAACAAAAUACGUCUUCAUUAUUUUUACAUUUAUUACCGCAUAAAUUUAGCAUAAUGAAAAAACAAUUGAUUCGACAAAAAAGAUUUGUAAACCAACAAAAACAACCAAAACAACAACAACAACAAAAUAAAGUCAAGCAAGAACAUACAGAAGAACAACAACAACCAGAACAUCAAUAUUAUAAUAAAAUUAAUAAACAACUAGAAAACUGUUUUUCCAACAAAACUAUAAACAAUAUUAAGGAUAUGAAAAAUUAUAAAAAUAAUUUGAAAAAAAAAUUUAAAUUUCUCACUAAAACUUGUUACUAUUUCCAAAAUAACAUGAAUAAUAUCAAUUGUAUUAAUUAUAAUGGAAAUAAUAUUAAAUAUCAAUAUACAAAAUAUUUCAGUAAUGAUUAUAAUAAAUGCAAUCAAAAAAUUAUUAAUUAUAAAAUAAAUAAAAAUAUAUCAAUCAUCACUUUAAAUAACAUUAAUGAUUACAAUCUAUUAUUUCCUCUUAUUUUAAACUAUG